GAGGCCCCUUGAGACAAACUCACCGAAACUCGAGCCCCUCUUUUGUUAUUGUCUGCUAAGUCGAAUGCCAUCGCCAUCCAAAUGAACUCAUUUGGCGGGACCCAUCCUCCUCCAGCCACCGCUCGCCGCAAAACCCGGCGUCGACGGAAGCGCGUAGGAGCCCCAUCAACUCCUCUCCAGUACUGGACUUUCUUUAACAACAACAACGACGAAAGCAAGAAACACCUCCACUUCUCCUCUGACGCCGAAGCCCGAGAUGAAGCCAAGUUUUCCGGAGGCGGACACGCGGUGGAGCUAUCGGUGAGGAAGCUGGCUGCUGGAUUCUGGCGGUUGCGCUCGUUGCGCUACGGAAUUGGCGGGUUUAACGCUAGACGUAGAUCCUCCGAUCGAUCACGCUUUAAGCACGGCACGGCUCGUGUAGAUAUGACGCUUUCUUGGGACCAUUCUAGCAAAGAACAUCGUUCUGGCACAAGACAUCGGUUACGGAGAAGCCAAUCCACCAUUGUUGGUCCAAAGCAGGGUACUCUUCAUAAAGUAUGCGCGGUAAUGUCACUAGUUCUUAGAGGUAGUAAAGCAGUUACAGGAUAGUUUGAUGUUCAUUGGACGUAUAGUUCGAAGGAUAGAACCAAUUUUAUUGUUUCGAUUAGGUAUCAAUGUUUUUCAAACAUGCUGUUCAUCUUCAUCUAUGCAUAGUUGUUUUCUGAACAUCUCUGUAAGAUUAAUGUUUUUCAAACUACAUCAUUUUCAUCUUCAUCUAGGCAAAUUUGUUUUCCGAAAUUUGAUCCUUGGGAUCCCAUUUUCCCCACAUGGAUUCAUUGAGGCCAUUGAGCUUCCUUUAUAGAUUGGUUCUAG